UCCGCCAUGAGGGGAAGAGUCGUCUUGGUUUUCUUCGUCGGACUCUGCUUGCUGUCCCUCUCGCUCGGGGAACCUGAGGGCGGGCGGAAGCCGGCGACUCGGAAGCGCAAACUGACCGCAGGACAGACGCCAUGCGCCGGAGAGGGAGGGCAGUGCAGGAGGAAGUGCAAGCAGAGGAACAUCAUUGACGCCACAUGUCGAGACGGAAGAGUUUGCUGCGACAUUUCCGCAAGGCAGUCCAAACCCAAGCCCCCCAAGAAGGCCCUUUCGAAGGCCCGCAAAGGGAACCCGAGAGACCCGAAGGUGUCCGACAAAGGGAACCCGAGAGACCCGAAGGUGUCCGACAAAGUGUCGUGUCCGACAAAGGGAACCCGAAAGCCCCGAAGGUUGGACGAGAAGAUCUUCUGCACGAAGUCGUUGACCCUCUGCAAGACGAACAAGGGGCUGUGCCUCGAGGUCGGGUCGAAGUGCAAGCACACCUUCUUUCCCAUUCACCACCAGAAGACCUGCAUCGGGAAGCCUUGCAGCUGCUGCGUGCAGGAGCCCGUGUGCGCCCCCAGCUCGUUCUGCUCGGCGGAGGGCGGCUACUGCAGCGAGAUCUGCGGCGCCGGCGACCGCGUCCUCGAGGGCCAGUGCGGCUCGCCCGCGUGCAAGUGCUGCGCCCCGCCCUGCAAGACGCAGAGCUCGUGCUUCCAGAAGGGCGGCUUCUGCGUCACCAGCGAGGCCUUCUGCGCCGGGACGCUGACGCCGGAGUGCGAGGGCGCCGGCUGCAUGUGCUGCGUUCCCGGCCCGUCCUGCUCGGCGCUGACGAAGUGCUCCAAGGCGGGCGGCCGCUGCGCCACGGGCAAGUGCGCGGCCGGCGAGCAAGAAAUCGCGGGCGGGUGUUCGGGGAGCGGGUGCAGGUGCUGCGCGCCCGCGCCCCCGCCCUGCGUGACGAAGGACAAGUGCGAGAAGAAGGGCGGCGUGUGCGUGAAGCCCGCCGACUGCAAGAACUCGGAUGCCUCGUCGAAGGGAUGCAGCAAGGGAUGCGUCUGCUGCUCGGCUCCACCUUGCAAAAUGAAGCGCCCUUGCAAGAAGAGAAAGGAUAUUGCACGAAGGAAGCUGCCAGGGCUCAGAAGUCGAGAUCGAACGGGCUGCAAAGGGAACGGCUGCCGCUGCUGUGCUGAACCAAUACCUCCACCUUGCAAAAUGAAGCGCCCUUGCAAGAAGAGAGACGGAUAUUGCACGGAAGGAAGCUGCCAGGGCUCAGAAGUCGAGAUCGAACGGGGCUGCAAAGGGAACGGCUGCCGCUGCUGUGCUGAACCAAUACCCUGCAAGGAGAAGCGACCAUGCAAGAAAGAAAAGGGAUAUUGCACAAGAAGCAACUGCAAAGGGAAAGAAGUCGAAAUACUUAAUGGCUGCAAACAAGGGGACUGCCGAUGCUGUGCCAAACCGUGCCAGAAGAAGCGCCAAUGCGAGAGAGGAGACGGCUACUGCACGAAGGCCGCGUGCAGAGGCAGCGAGGUCGAGAUCGCCAAGGGCUGCAAGGGGCGGGACUGCCGAUGCUGCGCCGACCCUCCGUGCGAGAUGCAAGCAGCCUGCAAAGAGCGGGAUGGAAGGUGCACGAGGGAGACAUGCCGGAGGAGCGAGGAGAAGGUCAAGGGCGGCUGCAAAGGGAAGAAAUGCAGGUGCUGCGCCCCGAAGGUCGAAGGCUGUUCGAAGACGGGCAACAAGUGUCGCAAACAGGGAGGUGUUUGCAAGGAGAAGAAGGACUGCAGACGCUUCAACAACCGGAAGGGCUGCGAGAAGGCUAAGAAAUGUGUCUGCUGUCUGGACGACGCGACAACUACAACAAGAAAGACUACGACAACUCGAGCGCCUACAACAACGGUGCCACCAUCAACAACUACAACUACGAGGCCAAGUACCACAAUAAAGCCACCAAACACAACUACGACAGUGCUAACAAACACAACUACGACAGUGCCAACAAACACAACUACGACUGUGCCAACAAACACAACUACGACAACAAACACACGACAGUGCCAACAAACACGACAACUACGACAGUGCAACAAACACACGACUACGACAGUGCUACAGUGCCAACAAACACGACAACUACGACAGUGCCAACAAACACGACAGUGCGAACUACGACAGUGCCGACAGUGCCACAAACUACGACAGUGCCAACAAACACAACUACGACAGUGCCAACAAACACGACAGUGCCAACAAACACAACUACGACUGUGCCAAACAACACACUACGACGUGCAACAAACAACUACGACUGUGCCAGUGACAGUGCAACAAACACAACUACGACAGUGCCAACAAACACAACUACGACAGUGCCAACAAACACAACUACGACAGUGCCAACAAACACAACUACGACAGUGCCAACAAACACAACUACGACAGUGCCAACAAACACAACUACGACAGUGCCAACAAACACGACUGUGCCAACAAACACAUACUGCAACAAACACGACAACUACGACACAACACACUACGACAGUGCUACGACAACAAACACAACUGACAGUGCCAACAAACACGACAACUACGACAGUGCCAACAAACACACUACGACAGUGCCAAACACGACAACUACAGGACCAACAACACGACAGGACCAACAACCACGACAGGGCCAACAACCACGACAGGACAACUACGACAGGCAACAACCAACCCACAACUGGGCCAACAACAACAACAACUGGGCCAACAACAACAGGGCAACAACCACAAACUGGGCCAACAACAACAGGGCCAACAACCACAACUGGGCCAACACAGGACCAACAACCACAAACAACAGGACCAACAACCACAACAGGCCAACAACCACUAACAGGGCCAACAACCACAACUGGGCCAACAACAGGACCAACAACCACAACUGGGCCAACAACAAACACAACAACCACAACAGGACCAACAACCACUACAGGGCCAACAACCACAACUGGGCCAACAACCACAACUGGGCCAACAACCACAACUGGGCCAACAACUACAACUGGGCCAACAACCACAACAGGGCCAACAACCACAACACCGGAGCCAACAACCACAACACCGGAGCCAACAACCACAACACCGGAGCCAACAACCACAACACCAGAGCCAACAACCACAACACCGGAGCCAACAACCACAACACCGGAGCCAACAACCACAACACCGGAGCCAACAACCGGAGCCAACAACCACAACACCGGAGCCAACACCACAACAAGCCAACAACUCCAACAACAAGCAACACCACAGAGCCAACAACCACAACACCGGAGCCAACAACCAACAACAACCACAACACCGGAGCCAACAACCACAACACCGGAGCCAGAAAAGAAUGGUGCACAGUCUGACAAUUUCAAGUUAAGGAUUAAUUUAAGCAGCAAACCUAUAGCCAGAAGAGGUAUAUUACCUAUUGUGAGUUCCAGUUAUGAUCCAAUAGGUCUGGUAUCUCCAUUUAUUCGAAAAGGUAAAAGAAUACUUCAAGAUUUAUGUACAGAUGGAGUAGACUACCAGAAAGUAAAAAGAGUAACAUUCUUGAAGGCAAUAACUAUUCUAAGACUAGAGCUUGCAGUAGCUGUUAUAUUAGUUAAGAUUCACACAAUACUCAGAAAGCAGCUAGAUCAUGAAAAUGUGAAAGAACUAAUAGACCUCAACAAGUCAGAGAUCAGACAUCACCUUCACAGUGACAAAGACAACAAUCCAGCUGAUUAUGCAGCACGGGGUACGUCUGUAAAGUUUAUGAUUGAGAAUUCCAGGUGGUGGGGAGGUCCACAGUAUCUAUGGCUGAAUCUAACACAAGAUGUAAAUGCAGACUACAGUGUAGAUGAAGACAUGUACAAGGCUAAAAGAACUGUAGUAGUAUGCCUAGCACUUCGGAAGAGAUUCAAGGGAAAUAGACAAUGA